AUGCCAUUCAGACAGGCGCUCCAAGGAAUUUUCGAUAAAGCAGACAAGGCUUGGGAUGAGCUCACCAACAACUCCCCCCAGGCCUCCCAGGCUGCCCCACCGCCUAUCCCAACAUCCAGCAAACCACCACUAGGCUAUCAACAGUCGCAGCCACAAAUCUACUGGCGACCCAAUCUCCAUCCUGAAGCCCCUGUGUCCUCCAAUUUUUACCACGAGCAGGGUCAACAUGGAUGGGGCAACAAUGAGGCACAAAAUUAUAUCGACAGUCCGCAAAACUCAUUCCAUUGGGGAGAUGCCGUGAUUCUACGCGCUCUGAUCAACCAUGGGCAUCCAGAUCCUGCUCAGAAAUUUACCAGCGCUCGACUGUCCAGUCACCAAACCCUUGACCGAUCACGGGGAUGCCUGUCGGCCAGAAUCACGGCCCCGGUGGCGCGCGGUAUCUGGCCCGCCUUUUGGCUGCUGCCUAAAGAUCCCUUCAAAUGGCCCGAGGAUGGCGAAAUGGAUAUCAUGGAAGCUUGGAACGGCGACGCUGUCAAUCACACUUGUCUACACUGGGGUCAUUUCAACGGCGAGGACUGGAACAAACAUCGCGUUCUCGAAACCCCCAUUCCUAAUAUCACCUCGCCGUCGGGCGUGAGAUACGAUUUUAUUUGGGAUGAGGAUGAAUCUACAGGAGGAGGCCGUUUGGUCUGGUUAAUUGAUGGAAUGCCUAUCAUGAGAGCCGAGAAGCCGCCGGGAACGAGAAAGAUGAGUGAGUUCAGAAUCCUCAUCAACAUCGCUGUUGGCGGAAAUGUCUGCCAGGGCACCAUGCCGAGCGACGGAUGCUACGAGACAAUUGUGCGUGAGUUGGCUAUGUGGGAUGCGCCGCCCGGAGGUUGGGAAAAUUUCGAGAGACUCUGGAGGGAUUCCAAGGAUGGAAAUACCAUGUGA